CAAACGCUUAAGCUUGAAAUCGUUUAGACCCGAGUAUCCUUGGUGACAUCAUCGCCCCAAAGUCGUGUUUAUGUAACCAGUCAGCUGAACAGCUGGUCAACCUCAGCCAGCCCUAUCGUGAGAGGCCUUCUGGUAUAGUGCACCACUCGAUGAACUUCUCGACCCACAGUCAGUACAUGUUCAACCUGCAGUGCACAGCCUGACAGGCGCUCUGAGAAUGGUCUUGCUAAACUUGGCAGCAACGUGCGAGAUGCCAGGCUCCAUCGUUAUGGCAUAGCGAACGUGUCCGAGCACUGCUCGGCCAGCAUCUCUUCCAGCAACCACAUCCUUCUCAUUGCAAUAAUGCACGUCAAGGACAGUCGGCUACCCGAUUUCCUCCCUUUGAUCGAUGAAUCCGUCCUGGAUAGGACGAAUUAUGACAGCUACAGAGUUAGACGGCGCUUUCUGCAGUGUGCCUCUCUUGUAGUGCUGGGGGUCAUCUUAUCGGUCAGUUACUUCCAGUACGGGCGCUGGCAUUCCUGUCGUAGCCCGCAUCUUGUCUUCAAAGAUGUCGCUCCGAUGCCUCCGGAAGCUUUUCAGCGCACCUGGGCUGCUUACUCACCCUAUUAUCCCGCCGCACGUUACACGUCUCCUCCAGACAAUUGUGUUAUCACACAGGUCAAUCUGCUCCAAAGACAUGGUGCCAGAUACCCCACCGGAGGCCAGACGACUAGAAUUCAAGCACCCCUCGAGAAACUACGUGCGGUCCGUACUUACGCGAACGCGUCCUUUGACUUUCUGCGCUACUUCGAAUGGGAUCUUGGCGUAAGCGACGUGAUAUCCUUGGGGACUCAACAGAUGUUCGAGUCCGGUAUAGAACACUACACCAGAUACCGACACCUAUUUUCGAGUGAGCAUUUACCAUUUGUAAGGGCUUCGGACAGCGACCGCGUUGUCAAGUCUGCCGUGGUGUGGGCCGAUGGUAUUUCUUAUGCCAGUGAUGACGUAUACCAUCCGGAAACUUCCGUGAUCCUUCCCGAGGUAGAUGGCGCGAACAACACACUGGAUGAUUCCAUGUGCCCCAACGCAAGCAGCCUAAAAGAAGUGCCAGACGCGUGGCGCGACACCUUUGCCCCUCUCAUUGCGGCCCGUUUCAACGAGGCGGCUCCAGGUGCAGACUUUGAUGCCGAGGAUGUCGUCGAACUCAUGCCCCUCUGCGCGUUCGAGACACUUUUCCAUAGGACAACUAGCCCAUUCUGCGACCUCUUCACUUUCGAGGAAUUCAAAGCACAUGAAUAUUAUACCGAUUUGUCAAGAUAUUACAAGACGGGGCCCGGGAACCCUCUCGGCCCCAUCCAAGGCGUUGGCUACGUCAAUGAACUCCUCGCACGUCUAACCUCCAAACCCGUCGAGGACCACACCCAGACUAAUUCUACACUGGACUCUUCACCUGACACAUUCCCUCUGAACAAGACGUUUUAUGCAGAUUUUUCGCACGACAAUCAGAUGGUUGCAAUUUACAGUGCAUUGGGCUUGUUCCAAGACGGGAAUGGGAGAGCACCGAGUGCGGAAGAAAUGAAUCCGAGGAGAAGCUGGAGGAUUUCAAACAUGACACCAUUCUCAGCUAGGAUGAUUGUCGAGAAGUUGAUGUGUGACGGCAGAGGCGUUGAGAAGAGGGAGUAUGUCAGGAUCCUCGUCAAUGAUGCGGUGCAACCGUUGACGUUUUGUGAGGCUGGAGAGGAUGGGGUAUGUGCUCUCGAAGAUUUUGUGGAAAGUCAGGCGUACGCAAGAGGAAAUGGAAACGGGGACUGGGAGAAAUGCUUUGAAUCCGAUUAACGCACGAUAAUUCUACCGGUAGACGGCUCGCGGAACGAUCAAGUACAGAAGUUACU